CGCGGCCGGCCCCUUUUUCCUUCUCUUCCACCAUCUUGGAUCCUGGUGUGGCCUCCCGGGAGCAGGAUUUCAAGACAGUAAAAUGUCUGGAAGACUGUGGUCCAAGGCCAUUUUUGCAGGCUACAAACGUGGUCUCCGAAACCAGAGGGAGCACACUGCUCUUCUGAAAAUUGAAGGUGUCUAUGCUCGAGAUGAAACUGAAUUCUACUUAGGCAAGAGAUGUGCCUAUGUCUACAAAGCCAAGAACAAUACAGUUACUCCUGGUGGCAAGCCCAAUAGGACGCGAGUGAUCUGGGGCAAGGUGACGCGGGCUCACGGCAACAGCGGCAUGGUCCGUGCCAAGUUUCGCAGCAACCUGCCUGCCAAGGCUAUUGGUCACAGAAUUCGUGUGAUGCUGUAUCCCUCAAGGAUCUAGAGUUUUAUUGAAAACUGCACUAAUAAAAUUCUGGAAUUUGUUCUC